AUGUCCCUUCAACCUAAAUUCGCCGGGCUUACGAUGGCUGGUGCAGCAGGAGCUCACCAUACCGUUGAGAUAUAUCUGGACUAUGUUUGCCCCUUCUCUGCCAAAUUGUUCAAAACAUUCUACGGCCAAGUGCUUCCCUCUCUACCCGAAGCAGCUUCGUCACGCCUCACGGUUAUAUUCCGUCCACAAAUUCAACCAUGGCACCCAUCAUCUACUCUAGCGAUCGAAGCAGCAUUGGCAGUUCUCAAGCUAGCACCUGCAAAGUUCCAGCAGUUUAGCGCUGCUCUGUUCGAGCAUCAGAAGGAGUACUUCGACGUCAACGUGGUUAACGAGACAAGGAACCACACCUACGAACGCCUUGCUAAGCUCGCUAGUAAGGAAGUGGGUGUUGACGAAGGGGCUAUGAUGGAGUUGUUGCGCGUAUCGGAUAAGCCGGGUGCGGACGGGGAGCUGAAUGGCGGGAAUGGCGUGACGGCGGAUGUGAAGAUUAUGACCAAGGCCAACAGGGUUGUGGGUGUGCAUGUUACGCCAACAGUGUUCUUCAAUGGUAUCGAGGAACGAAGCAUCAGUAGCAGCUUCACGAAGGACCAAUGGCUCGAAUGGGUGGAGAAGAACGUGAUGUGA